AAGCGCAUCGUUUUUAAAGGUUCACCUGACUGAACGCUGCAGGACUCCAUGGAAACAGAAGGCCGAGAAAUCCGACUUUUGAACAAUGAAAUCGGUGCCCAGGCGCAGCUGCCCCCCAACGUGGUCAUGAUGGAGGCGGUUUCUGCAGAAGAGGCCAGCAAGGGCGAGAUGAAACGACGGGUACUUUUUCUUUCCGUGAUCCUGGCCGUCUACGUGGUGGUGAACGCCUUGGUGCAGUAUGUUUUCGAUGCUGCAGCCAUCGAGUCAGCGCUUGAACAGAUCAGCAUGGUCACGGACGUCAAGGGAGCACCGAGCCUUGCAAAGCUGCUGCUGCGUACCAUUCCCACCUUGGCCUUUACCAUCUUCCUAGGACUCCUGGUGCCACUCUGUGGCUACCUGGGUGCCAAGCAAAACAGUCAAGGUUUGGUGGGCUGCUUCUGCGGCUGCAACUUCAUUCAUUGCUCCUGUUCCAUUUGCGCUCUCAUCGGCAGCAUCAUCGUUCUCUUCAUGCUCUCCGCAGCGGAGCCAGGCAUCGAGGCAUAUCUGGAGAAGUGUGACCCGAAUCAGUGCACACAGUGGCCGGAGAGCUUCAGCAAGGAAGUGAAACGGCAACGGACCGUGGACUGCCUCGCGGCCGGCAUUUGGGGGGACCAGUACCACCAGGUUUUCGAGGGCCCAUCGUAUCCGGUGAUCUGUCCAAAGGUGAUGUUGAAGUGCAGUGGCCUGAGCGAUCCAGUGCCACCUCCGCCCACCUACCAGCCAUGGUUGCGUGGACACCACGGACACCACGGACACCACGGCCACAGCCGCGGACCGCCACGCGAUGUGGACUUCGGAGCCUUGGCCACGACGUCCUUCUACCCGAGCUUCUUGCCACGUGCUGAUUUCCCAGAAGUCUUGGGACUGGCAGAUCCUGAUGAGGAGGCAACGGGCGCUGAAACUCGUGAGGCGGCGGCAGUGCCGAUGGAGAUGCCAGCCAAGGGGCCCUUUUGGCGACGAUUGGAGAUGUCGCACCCUCGCGAGUGGAAAAAGAAAUGGGACCUGCCCCGUAUGGACGACAUGGAUGAUGAUGACAUGGCAGACAUGGGAGACAUCAUGAAGGAGGCUCCCAUGCCCGAUGAUCCACUGGCCACAUGCGAACCUGAUUACAAGGGCAUCAAGCUCCUUCACCAGACCGGCAUUUUGGUGCCAAACUUGGUCCCGAAGUUGGUGAUGCUGAUGGCAGUGAAGUGUUUGCAGUUGGUUCCUGUGAUCCUCUUCGGAUGCCUCGGCUUUUGGUGGGGACGUGAGCUCUGGUCAAAGCUGGGUCAAGGUUAUGGCCAUUUGCCCGAUGCCACCCUGCCUCCAACUGUGAUGAGCGCUGAAAUGGCGAUGCCACAGGUGGUGCAACCAGUCCAACCAGUGCAAGGUGUGCCUGUGGAGUGCUCACUUCAUCAGCGACUCGUCGCUUCGCUGGAGCUUGGUGUAGCUCGGCGGGAUUCAGCGGGAUGCCUGGUGUACCUGAGUCGCCUCAACAACGUCAUCAACGACUACGAGGAACGCGUCUGGUACUUGUGCAUGAACAUUACCACCAAACUCAUUAUGUUGAUGCUCUUCGGUGGUAUUCGUUCAAGCCGUUAUCACGACCUCAUCGUGAACAUGUUGGUGAACACGCACUUCUCCUUCCGACGCCAAGUGGCGGUGAUGGAUCCGGAGCAUGCAGGCCGCAGGAAGACAAAGAAAGGCUACCGCCCUUCGCCACAGCCGCGGCCAAACUGGCCCCGGAAGGCCGUAGGCAGAAAGGCUACCAACCUUCGUGACAGUCAUGGCUUGACAGCUGAACAGCAAGAAAAGAAGAGAGACCACGAAGAGAGGCUAGGCAUGACAGCUGAACAGCAAGAAAAGAAAAAAGCUGUGGCUGGACAUUUUGGCCAAACCAGCGCGGGCAGGCCGCAGGAAGAAAGCUACCGCCCUCACCACAGCCGCGGCGUGACAACUGAACAGCAGGGACAGUUUGGCCAUUUCGGCCUGGGAAGGCCGCAGGCAGAAAGGCUACCAUCCUUCGCCACAGCCGCGGUCCAAGCUUUUGCAAAACUGAAUUGCUAUUUCUCCUUCUCCGCGUCGAUCAUACACAUCCCAAAGCACGCUGCGGCGCUGAGGGCUGUACCCGAGGAUCGACUCCUACUGGAGACCGAUGCCCCCGAUCAGCUGCCGAGAUCCUUAAGAGGUGGCGUGUCCCCGCAGGGCGAGGAGGUUCAUGCCGAUGAAGAUGGGCUUCUCAACGUUGGGACAUCAAUUGAUCGGAGGAGGAGCCCUGCUGGCUGCCCCUGGUGUUGGAGGCAGCGGCGGCUCAUCGACAGGUCUCAGAAAGCCAUCUGGCAGAGUUGA